AUGUUGUACGGAGCUCGUGGCAGCCAUCCCGUACGGCGCCAAUGUGUCGUCACGAGCGCGGGGAGGGCGGUUGGAUUUGAACCGGGCGGCGGCGACCGGGGAGCGGGAACCGGGAGCAGGGACCCGGAAACCGCGAUUCGGGAGCGGGGGGGCCCCGAGGGCCGGGGCGGGUAUUUUAUAGGAAAAGCGCAUCCUUCAGCAAUGGACAAGAUUUACACAGACCCUAACAUGGAAAAUGAUAACACGGAGCACAUCAGAAGGAAGCGACUCUCCUCCAUUUUAAAGGCUCCACGAAAUCCUCUGGAUGAUCUGGGAAACGGGAAUGAAAUGACCCAGGACAUCCACGCAGAGAGACGCAGGAGGAGCUCGCGCAGGGUCAGCUUCGCCAACACCAUCAACUGCAGAGUCUUCCAGCGAGAUCUUAAGAAUAGCACAUCAGAGACAGAAAAUACAGGGUGUUCAGCAGAUGAGAAGGAUAAUACCUUGGCUAAUCAGAAUGAAGACCCUGGGGCUGUUCCAUGUGAGAUCACUGGGAUGAGCACUUUGCUUCAUGCCCCCAUCCAGGCCUUGGGGCAGCAGAUUGAGUGGCGUGACGUGGACCACGCCGCUCCGAGGACGGACAGGCAGGACACCACCCUGCUCUUCUCGGAGGAGAACGAGAUGGAGAUGACAGCCAGUCACACAGCCGUGAUCUCACGGAACCUCAGAGCCCAGCAGCCUGACACAACCGAGAAAAUUGACUUCACCUCCUUCCUGGCUAAGCUGAACUCCAGCCAGGGGAAGGCAGAAACCAGCAAGGAACUGAGUUUGCUCUCUGACCCCACAAACCAUCCGGGCCCGUCUUCGGAACAGAAGGAAGAAGCCACUGCUGUGAAAAAAAUCGAUUUCAAUGAAUUUCUGCUGAGGCUGAAGUCAAACAAUCCUGCUGAGAGACCCGACGAGGACGAUGUUUUCUGUGUCCCUUCCCAAGGCCUGGGAGACGUGACACGACUCUCCGGGGAAUUUGGUUAUUCCCACGGGCCGCUGGACGCCUGCAAUGUGACAAGAGUGUAUCCAGGCCGAGAAGGUGGGAUGGAGAUGACAAAAUGUGAGGCAGCUGACGUUAAAAUCCCGUUCCCUGGCGUCAGUGAGGUUCCACCAGAGCAGUGGGAACGCGCGGAUGUCACCGAGGCGUUUGCAGACGAGGGCAUGGACGUGACAACCAGUCACACUGCAAAAGUGUCCUUCGCCCUCUCUGCUGCUGGGAGCCAGAGCCUCAGCUUCCCAAUGGAUUUCCCACCCACAGAGUUAGAUAAUUCUGUGUUCAGGAGAGCGUCUAACCCCGACAUCAGUGUUCAGCAGGACCCUCAGCUUUGUGCAGACAGAAAAACAGCAAAUGCUGAAGGCAGAAGAGCGACCCCAGUGCUGCGAGCCGGGAAACAGGAGGCCGGAGCGUUGUCUGCCAUCCAGGGAUCUGUUUCGUCUGAGACCAUCUUCCGAGAGGACAGAACUGUUGUGUUUUCCAAGUGUGACGACAUGGAGAUGACCGGGGAUUACACUGACCUCAUCUCUAAGGCCAGCACCACGGGAAAGAGCAGCUCAUGCCAUAAAACCUGUGAAAAGCCAGUGGGCACCAACCCUCCGCUCGCAGGGAGCAGAUCCCUGGCGUGCGGCGACAUCCCAAAGAGCGUGGCACCUGGAGAUAAUCCUGCUGCUGGGCCCUGUAGGAUCAGUGCGGUGGAACUGCCUUCAGCCUCAGCUGGAUGCGUGGGAAACCUGUCCCAGGCUCGUGGUCCUGCUGCAGCCAGCGCUGGGUUUGGCUCAUGCGUGCAUUCGGUGCCUGGCAGUGUUCCGAAGAGCAGGUUUGAUCCCUCUGCAAACCCCCAGCUUGUUUUUUCAGGUGAGAAGACAGUAAUAUUCUCAGGAGAAGACAUGGACUUGGCUAAAACCUAUGUUAAGGAUGGUGGGGAGAACGCUGAUAAUGAACACCCCAGUGCAGCGUUCACCUCUGUCACCUGCAAACCUCAUUUCCUGGGUAACACAUCCACGUCUUCCAAUGCAACUGAGCAGGAAGAAAUGGAAAUAACAAGGUGCCACACUGUUUUCUUUGAUGGUCAAAGGAGUGGGAUAACGGCAGAACCGAAGCAAAUGCCCUGUAAAAUCAUUCCAAGAAAGAACCAGAACAAAAAUGUCACCGAGGGUGACAUAUCUGCAUAUUCUGUAGAUAUGGACAAGGAAAAUAUUGAAGUGAGGAGUAUUGAUGGGAGUAUUAAAGAGAGCCAGGCCAUGGAAAGGAAUGCUCAAGAUAUUUGGAUGAUAACAGGUGAUAAGAGGCUUGGAAAAACCAACUUCCAGGCAAGUGGUCUGAGUGCCAGGAGCAUGUGUGAGCACAGAGGUGACCCCGAGAACGUUGUCACUAACACCAGUGCAUCCCUGUCUUUGCAAAGCCAAGAAGCCGUACCACAGCCUCCGGAAAAAACCCUUCCAAGCCUCUCAGAUUUCUGCACAAAUGACACAACGGGUGUGUUUUUAGGUGAUCAAAGCAUGGACAUAACCAAAGCUCAUCCUGCUGCCUUUGAGGUUGCUCCUAUUAACCCUGAACAAGGAUCCAGUAAUUAUAAUCAAAACACUGCGCUAUCCAAGCAGCUGGAAAACCAGCCCUUCCCGUUUUCCGGUCGUCGUGGCGUGGACAUCGUGAGUCAAACUGCAGCCAUGGAACAGGGGGACUUGAGAAUGAACACCAGUAAGCAAAUGGUCACUGCUCUGGCUCCAAGUGGUUCAUUUACUUUCCCAGCUAGCAGUCCUGCUCCCUCUGGAAUGAGAGGAAAUGAACAGUUUGGAAUGGUAAUAGGAAUAAACGCAGGCGGCCAAAACUCAGAGAGGCAGGAGGAGCCCCAGCCUGUGAGGGCAGUAAGCAGGAUAUUGCCAGCCCAAGGAGACGCUGACAGACAUUUUUCCAUGGGUAAAAUAGCUUCUUCGGGGGAGGAUUUAAAACCUCUUCCCUCAGCUCAUGGGCUGCUCCAGAGGGGUGCGGAAGAGCCAGUGUGUGCCAGCACCUCUGAGGCACCCAAGGGAAGUUCCCAGUUGUCUUUCUUUGGAGAAAAGUCCGUUGUGUUUCCCCACGGUGAAACCAUGGACAUGACUGGCAGGUGUGUGGUGAUGGUUCCAGAUCACAGCGUCAACGUGGUUUUGUCAGAGAACAAAGCAGCACCUGGACGCUUCGACCGAAGCGGGAACGAGACAACGCCCUUAGGAAAAGGGGCCACGACGACAGCGCCGGCAGAGCUGGGUGGGAGGGAGGCUGCAGGUGGCAGAUCCAUCAGUUUUGCUCCGGCUGAGGACAUGGAGAUCACCGCAACUCACGCAGCGCAGCACAGACUGCCCGUCCCGGCCAUUCCUGCUGACAGAACCAUCGUGUUUGCCCAGGGCCAGGAGGACAUGGACAUCACUGCAUCCCACACCGUCGCUGUCAGUAAGAACAUCUGCGGGUUUGAGGCCCAGCAGCCGCCACAGCACGUGCACGGUGGGUCGGGGCCCCGCAGCGCUGAGAUGGAUUCCUCACGAUACGCCACAAAACCCAAGGAUAAGCCCAGCAUUCCCUCUUCUGCUUCGGCAGACUCGGCAUUUCCUAGUGAGAAAGGAGCUACCCAGGUCCCCAGUGGCACAAUGCCACAUUCCGUUUGUUCUGUCUCCCUUGGAGAAAGAACCGUGGAUGUGGGGACACCACAGGAUCACGGCCUUCCCACAGAGAAUUCUGUCCCUGCAAGCAGGGAGCAGGAUCUCACACCACCAGAAAAACUGCAACCCAAGGGAGUAUCUUUGGAGUUCCCAAGUAAGGGCACUGUGGAUCACGGCAGAGAAAGUGGCGGUUUGGGAUCCUGUGUUGCCCUUCCCAGGCAGGGAUCAGAUCCUUGGCAGGGUCAUCCAGAUGCCCCUGGUACUCAGAGAAACCAGCUGGUGGAAGAGGAUUCAUCUCGGUGUGGAGAUUCAGAUUUGGGCUUGGCCGGAGCAAACCUCGUUCCAGCUGCUGACAAGGAAUCCAAGCAAAAUGAGGAACUGUCAGCUGAAGGGGAGGCACCUCCAAAAGAAUUUGAAAAGGACUCUGAACAAACCAGGCAGCCUUUGGUCAGUGACAGUUCAGGGGAUCAGGCAGAUCCCACUCUCCUACCAGCAGCUUCAGGUGUUUUAGGUGUUUGUUCAAAACUGAUGGGUUUGACAAGGAAAUCUGUUUCUGUUUCCAAAACUGCUUCUUCUGACCAGUUGCCCAGUUCUUCAGCUCAGCCAGAGGAUUCCCUGAGGCUGGGAAAAAACACUGCCAGUGAAGAAAAUAACGUCUUUGGUACCAAAAAGCAGGAGAACACGGGUCGGGAAUCUGCAGCUGAUCCCACAGGAAUGGUGCCUAAGGAUAAAUAUCCAGGAAUAAAUAUCCCUCUGGGUAUAUUCCAGCCUAAGUUACCAAACAAGAGAAAUCCCGUUUGCAGCACACAGCACGUAAGUACGAAAUCAGACAGAGCAGAAGCCCCAGUUCCAGCAAACGCCAGUGAAACCCCAGGUAAGAAGUCCAGCAGGCAGAACUUCAGUCCUUUUCAGUUCAUAGCAGAGGAAUUUCUCCCUGUGUGCCUGGAGGAGAUGGAUUCCAAUGAAUCUGUCAGCUCUGAGCUCGUGGAAAAGGCUUGGACUGAUGAAAAUAAAAAACAAAUCCCCCCCUGUGAAAAGGGUCCAUGUGAAGAGACAAAAACUUGCAACAUGAAAAGAGGUUUAGGACAAACUGAGGGGGAUCUUCAAAGCCCGAAGAAGGCCAAGAAGGAUCAACAUGUGGAUGCUGGGACCUCUCAAGGCUUGGAGGAGCAAGCAGAGGCUGAUGAAGCUGGAGAACCUCCAAAUCUCUCAGCUAAAAGCCCUGAGUGUCCUCACGCCAGCACCAGCAGCUCCCUGGAUUCUGUGAAGGCUGACAUAGAGUCAACAACCCAGCGCAGCAGUCAGGUGGAGUCCCAGCUUCUCACGGACAGCAUUUGUGAAGAAAAUUUGUGGGAGAAAUUCCAGAAUGGUGCUAUCACAGUCGGGGAGUUUUUUACCCUUCUUCAAGUCCAUGUUGUGAUUCAGAAGCCCCGGCACAGCCAGCUUCCAGCCAGCUGUGCAGUCAGUGCACCUCCCACUGCAGAAGAUCUCAUCUACAGCCAGUACGUUCACCGGCCCAAGCUGAGGAUUUACGAGGAGGAUUGCCAGGAUCUGUCUCAGAAAAUAGCGGAGUUAAAACCACACGUGACUGUCCUGGAUCAGCCCCUGGUGAACGUGAUCAGGAGUUUGUGGGAAGUCAUGAGAACCUGCACUGAUGAGGAGCUGAGUAAGUUUGGAGCAGAGCUGAACAAGAUGAAAUCCUGUUUCACCAAGGAAGCCAAAAUCCUGUCUCACAAUGAGAAGGAGACAUUGUACAGGAAGCUGCUGCAGAGUGCUGAGGAGCAAUAUAGAAAGCUCCAAUCAAGAAUAGAAAAGGUGGAUGACAGGAUGAAGGAGGCAGAGAGCUCCGUGGCUGCUCUGGAAUCAGAUUCUUUUUGGGAUGAAGAGGAAGCUGGCUGUAGUGCUGGAACGGCAGGAGGGCAGAACUUACAGGAAGAAUUGCAAAGCAUCACAGCCCAAGAAGAGGAACUUCUGAGAGAGCUGUCAGAGAUGGAGGCUGAGGAUGAGCUUGAUUUGGCUGAGAUGGAGAAGCUCAAGAAGACUGAAACGGCCUGCCUGGAAAUCCUGAAGAAAUACGACUUCACUGAGUGGGAGUUGAUGGAGUGGAGUGAGCAGCAAGCUGUCUUUAAUUUUCUUUAUGAUUCUGUGACGCUCACAGUUGUGUUUGGCCCCCCAGUAGAUGGUGAAUUUUUCGCUGCACGUCCUUCCAGAAGCAUCACUAGCCUGGACUUUGAAUCUUUCCUGGAUGAGGAGCAAGCUCCACCCUCCUCAUGUUUAGUCCAAAGACUCAUUUUCCAGUUUAUUGAGAGUCGGGGAAGCUGGCAGGACAAAUGUCCCACACUGCACUACUUGCCCCAGGCUCUCUUGGACAUCUCCUUGGUGGUGAACCGCUGCAAAAUCUUGGGAGAGGAGCUGGAAUUUCUGCAGAGGUGGGGUGCAAAAUUCCAUCUCCUGGAGACAGAUAUCAAAGACACAGAGGUGAAGCUUCUGUUCUCCUCUUCGGUGGCUUUUGCAAAGUUUGAGCUGACUCUGGCUGUGUCUCAUGAUUACCCAUCUGCUGUGCUUCCCUUCAGGGUCCAAACCCACAUUGGGAAUAUCGGGGAGAAGGAAGUUGCUGCUGUUCUCUCCAAGGUUCCAGCUGGCCACCACUAUCUGCAGAGAACAGUCAUCUCGAUCCAUCAGAAUCUGCUCCAGGAUCCCAGAUGAUCCGCUGGAUCCAUAGGCAGGACCGAAACAGUCAAAAUGGGCGGUCUGUGGGUUUAGUCUUGUGAGAAUUCCAGCUGUGUCUCCCCGAAAUGGGAACGCUGUUACCCACUCAGCUCUAGUAUUCCUGCCCAUUUAGUAUCCUCGUGGCUUAGACCAAGUGGGCCACAAGUUUUACAAAAGCGGGGGUGUCUAAAGAGGAGAAGAAGGAGAAUCCUAGAUCCCUUGUAAAUUCGAGGUGCCUUUUUCCUUCUGUGAGUCACUGGUGGUCAUUCCUGGCAGAGGUAGUCACGAUUGGAUAGUCAUUCCAAGCAUGGAUAUCCUUCUGCCAUUAAUUUUGUCAUUUACAGAGCUCUUGGGCAAAGCAGUGAUGAGGGUUCUCUAAAUUAUUACAACUGGGAUUUACUGCUGCUGUCAUUGUUUCACUACCACGUACAGUUUAACAGAUCCCACCACGUUUAUCCAUUGCCUGGCACCCCUCCCAGGACAGACACCGUAUCCCUGCGUCCGAUUAAUUAACCUGUAGCAAUUAACCCCAGUCACCAAAGUCAGAAAUAUUUUUGGAAUUAAGGCUAAAAAAUCCCUGCGUUUGCCCGCAGACUUUGGGAUGCAGCAGCCUCAAAGGCGUCUCUGGUUGAAGUUAGUUCUGACAUUCAUUGUCUUAGUCCAGCACUGUCUCUGGGUGCUGGGGCACUCUCCCAGUUUGGAACGCCGAGGAAUUUUAGUGAAGAGACUGAACUCCUCAAAGCUGGGAGUAUCGGUAGCUCUAGCUUGGUUUUGUGUAUAAUUUUGUGCAUUAUGUGGGUCUUGCUGUUGGAACCGAUCUCGCCCCGUGUUGCUUGAGCCAAGGCACCAACCCUGGCUGAGCUCCCAGUUCUGCAGCUGCGAAUCUUCGUACCCUGUAAAAUAUGUUGAAUUUAAAAAUGUUUUCCUGUAUUUUAGUGUUUAUAUAUAUUUUGUCUUUUUACAAAGUUUGCGUCUAUUUGGAAAGUGGAAGUUUAAUAAAGAUUGGAUUUAUCACUCUUCCUGCUU